CGGCUGCACCGCCCGGCGGAAGUGACGGCAGCGGAAGCCGGAGGGCGGGUCCGGCCGGCCGAGGGGGCGUUGUCGCGAUGGUUCCGCGUCCCCCGGAGCCCGGCGAGCGGCGCGGAGGGCGUCGCGGUCUCCUGGAUGGUUGAGCAUGGACCCCGUGGCCACCCACAGCUGCCACCUCCUCCAGCAACUGCACGAGCAGCGGAUUCAGGGCCUGCUCUGUGACUGCAUGCUGGUGGUGAAGGGCGUCUGCUUUAAAGCGCAUAAGAAUGUUCUGGCAGCGUUCAGUCAGUAUUUCAGGAGCCUCUUUCAGAAUUCGUCAGGUCAGAAGAAUGAUGUUUUUCACUUGGAUAUUAGAAAUGUAAGCGGGAUUGGGCAGAUCCUGGACUUCAUGUACACGUCUCAUCUGGACCUCACCCAGGACAAUAUACAAGUCAUGCUGGACACAGCACAGUGUCUGCAGGUUCAAAAUGUUCUGAAUCUGUGUCACACGUUUUUAAAAUCAACCACUGGGGAACAGCCACCUGGCAUGCCUUGUCAUAACAGUCCGUUCUCCCUGCAAAGCGCCCUGACUCCUGACACUAACUGUGUUAUAAAUGAAAACUACUCCCCUCAUUUACUGCAAGAGUGUUCGGCAGAUGUCCAGCACGGGAAGGUCUUGGAUGAGUCACACUGUCAGUCUCCACCGUCAGGUAACCUUCAUCAGCCGCCAGGUGAAGCAUCCAAACAAACCCCUGAUACUUUAGACGGCAGCUGCACAGAGCCACCUUUCAGACAGCCAAGUUACUACUACAAACUGCGGAACUUGUACAGUAAGCAGCACUAUAAAGCAGCCACUUGUCCCACUCAGGAGAGAAGAACUGAACAGCCUUUCACCUUCAGCACCUCCACAGACCUCACCGCCAUGGAAAACCAGCCUUGUGCCGUCAGCCAUCCCGAAUGUGUCCUAGAGUCUGCUGAGCACUUGCCAUCCAACUUCCUGGCCCAGCCUUUGGGUGAAUCGGCCCCAGACCCUGAGAUGCACAAAUCAGGCCCACAACCUACCAAACAGAUGAGGCUCAAAAAGGCCAUUCACCUUAAGAAGCUCAAUUUUCUAAAGUCACAGAAAUCUGCAGAGCAAACAUCUGAACCCAAGUCAGAGGGCGCUUCAACAAAGAGGGUUGAAUGCGCCAGUGAAAACACUAUAGAGAAAGCUAGCAGCCAAAGUGCUGAAGAAAAAGAAAGUGAAGAACUCAUCAAUUCUGAAAGUUUUAAUUGCUUCAGUGAAGCCGAGAGGCCUGAAGACCCUGUGGCACUAGAAGACCAGUCCCAGACGCUUCAGUCCCAGAGACAAUACGCGUGUGACUUGUGUGGGAAACCUUUUAAACACCCAAGCAAUUUGGAGCUUCACAAACGGUCUCACACAGGUGAGAAACCUUUUGAAUGUAACAUUUGUGGGAAACAUUUCUCUCAGGCAGGUAACUUGCAGACUCACUUACGUCGACAUUCUGGUGAAAAACCAUACAUCUGCGAAAUCUGCGGAAAGAGGUUUGCAGCCUCUGGCGAUGUCCAGCGUCACAUAAUUAUUCACUCGGGAGAGAAGCCGCACUUGUGCGACAUCUGUGGCCGAGGGUUUAGUAACUUCAGUAAUUUGAAGGAGCACAAGAAGACACACACGGCUGAUAAAGUGUUCACCUGCGAUGAAUGCGGGAAGUCUUUCAACAUGCAGAGGAAGCUGGUGAAGCACCGAGUCCGGCACACGGGGGAGCGGCCGUACAGCUGUUCUGCCUGUGGAAAGUGUUUCGGGGGGUCGGGGGACCUCCGCCGGCACGUGCGCACACACACCGGGGAGAAGCCGUACACGUGUGACAUCUGUAACAAGUGCUUCACCCGCUCGGCCGUGCUGCGGCGGCACAAGAAGAUGCACUGCGGGGCGGACGACGCCGGCCGCGACGCCCUGGAAGAGCUCACCCACGCCGUGGACGCCUCUGACCUCGAGAAGUCUCAGGGCUCAGAUUCCUUUUCCCAGGACGUGUCUGUGACUUUGAUGCCCGUGUCUGUGAAGCUCCCCAUGCACUCGGUGGAACAUGGAGGGGCAGAAUUUGAGGGCCACUCUGCCAGCUCCUACUGUAAGUUCCGGUCCACAGCUCAGCCUCCUGGAGCCACUGACCAGGACAAGCUCGGUUUGGAUCCUGGCAAACUCGCCAAGGCCCCGGGGCAGCCCGCACAGCCUCAGGCCUUCGCCUAUUCGGCCGUGGACGCCUCCCCCGGAGACGCGCCGCUGCCGGCCGAUGGCAUGUCCGGGACCCGCGCGUCCCUGGCCGCUCUGGACAAUCACUGUGGCGACCCCCUGGGCAGCCGGGCGGCGGGCACGGCUUACAGGAACUCGGAAGGCCAGUUUUUCUCCAGCAUGACUCUGGGGGUUAGCGAUGAAGACGCUGCAGAAUGAAAACGAGCUGGACCAGUGAUGGCCGCGCGCGCUUCUCAACCUCAGCGGCUUUUUCCGAGUCCAGCAGGCGGUACCAGGGAGACAGCCAUUUCCCCUUGAAGGCGUCUAACUGGCCCCAGAACUUGGACCACGUCCCCCCUGACAUGGCUGCUAACAGGACGCCGCUGGAGCUCAGGGUUUGGGAAGAAAGGCCGGUGGGCUCAACGGGAAGCAGGCACGAGGGUGGGGGUCUUACGUCACAGAAGCCAAAAGCCUGAGAAAUCAGUUCACAGACGUCAGCUAUGGCAGAGGGCAGACUGGGGGUCAAACUACUGUACAUUUUGGUCAUGU